CUAUAAUUAAAAUUAUAUUCUUUAUUAUUUUUUUUUAUAAAUCAAUGAGAAGAAUGCGAUAUUGAAAAAUUCCACUUGUUUCAAGAACUUUACAAACUGAAAGUCUAUGUCAUGGAAAAUAAUAAACAUUUCUGACAAAAAUUAAAUAUUUUUAAAUAAAAUUGACCAUGGCUCGACAUCGGAAUAUUCGUAACGCAAAAAGUUACGACUACGACUAUGAUGACGAUGAUAUUUUCGGGCAAUCAUACGAAGAUGAUUACGGUGUUUCUCCAGGCACUAUGGCGCAAUACUCUUACUCAAGAUCAAGACGGGAUGAUUUUUCUACAUUUAUGCCAUCGGAGUCGACUGUACAAGAAGCAGAUGAGGAUGCUUUUGAUGAAAUGGAUAGAGGAGGGAUGCAGGAAUCAAUGAAUACUGAACAGAAAUCACAAACCGGUAAUGAGAUUCUUAUCCAAUCUUGUAUAGAGAUGAUGCAUGACGUUGUAGGAGAAAGCUAUUCAGAUCAAGCAAUGAAGGAGGCAGCAAUUAAAGCUGAUUUUGAUGUUGAACGCGCCAUAAACUUUCUCCUCUCAUCUCCAAAGACAGAAAACUGUCCAAUUGUAACUCAAAGUUGUGGGUUAGAGUUUUCCAUGAAUCAGCCCCCUUUGGAACAAAGACAACGCAGAAACCGAAGGAAUAAUAAUGAUUCGGAUAUUUCAACACCGAGUACGGAAAAACGAAAAUCGAAUCCUAAUAUUUUAGCUAAUCAAGGUCAUGUAACCAAAGUAGUUUCAUCAACUACUCCUGGAAAAACUGGUUUUGCCAUGAACAACGCUAAUCAAAAAGACAACGGAAGCUAUAGAAAUACAAACGGAGUUUCGAGUCAGCCAAAAAAAUCGAAACCUAACUCAGGAAUUACCUCCGUCGAUUCAAGUUUUAAAAAUUUGCAAAUUGAAAAUGGUGAAGUUAAAAAAGCAACAAUACCAAAACCGUCCAUCCCGCUGCAAACAUUAAUGGUUGAAAAAAGUGAAAGCGCCUCGUUAUCACCAAAUGUAAAACAAAAAUCUGAGGAACCGCAACCUUCCAUUGUGGAAUAUAAGAACACAAAACACGCUGCUGAAAUUAUUGCAAAAUACGAAGAGCGCAUGAAACUAGCAAAACCUCUUAUAAGCAUGGUUGUUAUUGGUCAUGUUGACGCUGGAAAAUCAACAUUAAUGGGACAUAUUCUAUAUCAGUCUGGUGAAGUAUCGAAACGCGCAAUGCAUAAGUACGAGCAGGAGUCACGGAAGAUCGGGAAAGCAUCGUUUGCUUAUGCCUGGGUUUUGGACGAAACCGGGGAGGAAAGGUCUCGUGGUGUAACAAUGGAUGUUGGUCUCACUCGAUUCGAGACAAAAAAUCGAGUCAUCACACUCAUGGACGCUCCCGGUCACAAGGAUUUCAUCCCGAAUAUGAUAACAGGCGCCUCACAGGCAGAUGUGGCAGUUCUUGUCAUUAAUGCAACGACCGGAGAAUUUGAAGCUGGUUUUGAUCUGGGAGGACAAACCAGAGAACAUUCAUUGCUGGUUCGAUCUCUCGGGAUCGCUCAACUUGCCGUCGCCAUAAACAAAUUGGACACGGUCGGAUGGUCACAAAAAAGAUUCAAUGAUAUUGUUUCAAAGUUGUCUUCAUUUCUGAAACAGGCAGGAUUCAAGGACUCUGAUGUUACUUUUGUACCAGUCAGUGGAUUACUGGGACAGAAUCUGACCAAACUAGGAACAGACGAGAAAUUGACAUCUUGGUAUAAGGGACCUUGUCUCGUUGAUGUGAUUGACAAAUUCAAACCUCCACAAAGACCUGUGGACUACCCUCUACGUUUCUGCGUAACCGACGUAGUACGCGGACAAGGCACUGGCAUCAAUGUCAGUGGUAAAGUUGAAACUGGAGGGGUAAAGGUCGGGUCAAAAGUCGUGGUAUUACCAGCUGGUGAACAAUCUUUAGUAAAGGGAAUAGAAUUUCAUGACGGCGCCCGUGCCGAAGUCGUACUUGCGGGAGACCACGCCACACUAACAUGCCACGGAGUUGACAUCAUGAAAAUACAUACAGGGAAUGUUUUAAGCGACAUUAAAAAUCCGAUUCCAGUCGUUUCACGAUUCCAAGCCCGAAUAAUAAUCUUCAAUAUUGCGGUCCCGAUAACUCGUGGGUUUCCUGUAGAAUUACAUUACAAAGCUGCAUCUGAACCGGCAGUCAUCAAACGGUUGUUGAGUGUUUUACAUAAAAGCACGGGCGAAGUUGUCGCUAAAAAACCCAAAGUAAUUUUGAAAGGUCAGAAUGUGAUGGUACAAAUGAUGACCCAUAGACCUAUAUGUAUUGAGGAAUACCAUAAAGUUAAAGAAAUGGGACGAUUUACGUUAAGGUACGGAGGGUCAACCAUAGCUGCUGGUGUAGUUACAGAUGUUUUAAAAUAAAUGCUGCAAUUUUGUGUUACUGUACAGAUGGGUGAAUCAAGUUCAUGCAACGAAAUCAAUUACAUUAAUUUCCCCAUACCCAACAUGGACUGGUAACUGCACAACAGGCCAUGGUCGCAUUCCGAAUAAAACAGUCUUAUCUCACUCCAGGGAUAAAUAAAAAUUUCUAUAUAAACAAUCCGUGAAUAAAUUGAAGGUCUUUCUGCGUACCUUCUUAUUUUUAGGUGUUUUCACUUAAAUCAAGGCUCUUUACAGUUGGCCGCUAAGUAUUUCAAAAGCUAAUAUCAUUGAAGUGCUGGGCAGGGGCGUAUCUACGUAAAAUGGCGCC